CAGAGCUGAUCCCAAAUCAGCCACCAUGGCACCGGAUGUCGGUAAGUAAAAAGACAAGUGCCGACUUCUACAGGAAAUACCCUCCGCUGUAGAGAGCAUUUAUGAAGGGCUGCCAUUUUACCGACCUUACGCAGCCCAAAUGAAUCAUGGGGGUCAAAGUAAUCCAGCUCACCUCUAAGUCCCACCAUGGAAACAUCCUGGCUUCUCUGCAUCAGCUUCAGCAGCAGGGGCGGCUCAGUGAUGUUACAGUGCAGGUAGACUACCAGGGAGACGUGCAGGAGUUCCAGGCCCACCAGGUGAUGCUCGCAGCCUCCAGUGGUUACUUCAAGAAGAUCCUUCUCUCUCAGGAUGCUGCCCGAGACAAAUUAUUACUCUCAAAUAUACACUCCAAAGAUUUCUCGAAGUUCCUGGAAUUUGUGUACACCGGUAGGGUUGAGGUGGCCAGAGACAAAAUUGGUGAUGUUCAAGCAGUGGCACAGUUUUUGGACUGUGAGGAUCUGUCUGAGGUUUGCGGUGAGGCCAUGAGAGCUGGAAUCCAACAAAAACCUACAAAUAAAACACCUGCGUCAGAAGUUGUUCUAGAAGAUAGCAUACAUGGGGCCAAGAAAGUAAACAAGACCAAAGGAAAGAAGCAGCCUAAGAGUUUACUCCUUAAGCGGCGGCUGUCUCCACAGAGCUCUGACAAAGAAGUUGUUUCAAAACUAUGUAAGCUGAAGAACACAGGGACAAAUGAAAAAAAAGGAAGAAAGCUAAAACUGAGCUUGGCUGGCCGUAAAGUCCUUCAAAGGCGUUUAAAUACUGAAAGAGACGAUUUGAACGAUGGAAACCAAGUCGGCAAUGAAGACACGGAGGGGUUAAAGGACAAGACUGAAGCCGAGAAUCAGGCAGAGAAAGGAGACGAGUCAUCGUUGAUACGGCCGGUCUCUGAUGUGGAGGAUUGGGUAGGUGAGGAGGAUGGGCAUAGUAAUGAUCCUGAAGACUUUAUGUUAUCUCUGGAGGAGGAGGAGGAGGAGGAGGAGGGGGAAGAGGGACAGUCGAAGGAGAAAUUAAAAAGAACAUCCAAAGCCCAGUUCCAGUGUAACAAGUGCCAGCGGACCUUCCACUAUGAGAGAAGCUACUUGAAGCACAUCAGUACGUACCAUGGAGUGAAAGCAGAUGUCAUCUAUCGCUGUGAGACCUGCCUGCAAACCUUUGCUAACCGCAGCAACCUGAAGAUCCAUGAAAAGCACGUCCACAGUACUGAGAGGCUUUUUUCCUGUGACUCCUGCACAAAGACCUUCAAACGGAAGAAGGAUGUUGUCCGCCAUCAAAGACAAGUACACGAACGUAACAAUCUGCGGCACGUCUGCCCUGAGUGCGGAAAGGCACUCAGCUCCAAAACUGCCCUGCUGUUGCAUGAGAGGACACACACAGGUGCCAAGCCUUUUGAGUGCACCGACUGUGGGGCCAGAUUUACCCAGAACUCUGCCCUCAAGAUGCACCGCAGGACUCACACAGGAGAGAAGCCAUUUGCCUGUGAUGAGUGUGAUGCCCGGUUCACUCAGAAGCACAUGUUGGCUUAUCAUAAACGAUCACACACAGGAGAGAAACCCUUCAUGUGUGAAGCCUGUGGGAAAAGCUUUGCAUCUAAAGAAUACCUAAGACACCACUCAAACAUCCACACUGGGUCCAAGCCAUACAAGUGCGAGCAUUGUGGUCGAGGCUUCGCUCAGAGGAAUUCCCUCCACCAGCAUUUAAAAAUACACACAGGUGAGCGUCCAUACAGCUGUAAAGACUGUGACAAGCAGUUCACCCAGCUCAAUGCACUCCAGAGGCACCAGCGCAUUCACACAGGAGAAAAACCCUACAUGUGUGGUCUUUGUAGACGCACCUUUACAGACAAAUCCACCCUUCGGAGGCACACUAUGAUCCAUGACUCAGAUGCUCCCUGGAAAACCUACCUUGUGGUUCUGGAGGGAAAUGUGGAGGACAAGAAACCCAAAACUCCUACCAAAGAAAAGACAGAAAAAGGGGCAGAGGAGAAAAAGGGUACCACAAGAAAAAGUGGUGUUAGUGGUACUGGUACUGGCACCAGUACUGCUGGCAGUCCUGGUAAAACCCACACUGACUCCAUUGUGGUGCCAGGUGAGCCAGUCACCCUCCCAUCUGAAUGGACCACUCAUGGGGCAAUCGCUCUGGUCAGCCAUGGCACCCUCGGCGGGAUCACUGUUAUCCACACUGAGGUGCCACCUGGUACCCAGAUCCAGCCCCUUGUGACCACUGACGCCACAGGGGCCAGUGUCAUUUCCUUAGAUGGAUCAUCCAUCCCUGUCCCGUUCUCUAUACCAGUGUCCAUGUCUCUGUCCGUACCCACUCUCUCAGUUCCCGUUUCUGAUGUCUCUGAGAUCCCAACAGUCUCUACGUCAUCUGUCCUAGAAACUGCUGCUUCACAGACCAUUUUGGCUCCAGUUUCAGAGACUAAAGCCGCUUCUGAGACAAAUACUUUGCAGCCUGAUAUUCAGACUGUGAUUGUUGGUGAUAUGGAUUGUAAAAACGAACACAAAGCUGCUGGACAGCAAAGGACAGCAGAUAACCCACCAGCUGAGCACACAGAGGCCCCAGCUCAAGAAUCUGAGUAGCAAAUGCAUGUGAUGAAUCAUUUUAUCUGGGUUUAGGAAUAGAAUUAAAAAUCCCAUUUCAUUGUUAUUUUAGUCCGGCAUUAGCGGUGUGUGACUGUGUGUUCUGACCAUGUGGUAUUUCAUUAUUAUUAUGAUCCAGUGUUUCAUUAACAGACCUGGAUGUGAUGUUCAGUGUGUCGCGCUUUUUUGAAAUGUCAAGGUAUUCAUUAAAAAUCAAAUCAACCAGCCUGUGGUUUAGUUACGUCUUAGAAAUACAACUAAAGCACAAUUAAGGCAUUAGGUAUAAUUAAUUAAUGAAAUAAAAGUGUACACAUCUAAUAAUAUAUAUAGGGUUAACUGCGGCACAAAUAUUGAAAACAAAUAUAAUGAAGGUGAUUGUUAAUUCAUGACAUAUAAUCAUCAAAAACAUCACAUGGGGUUUUGUACAUUUUACCACGUUCCCCAUACAUCAAGUAUUGCUAGAGUUACAACUUUUAUACUGUGUAGGAUGGUGUGGGAACCUUGGCAGCUUUCCAUACUCCUUUGGAACAACAGCAUAUAUUUUUUUUGCAUUUCUGAUUUAUGUUGGUCUGAAUGUAAAUGACAUAGCUUAAAUCCUUCAAAGUUGUGGCACUUUCAAUCUCUCCCUUUGGGACUGUUUCCUUAGAACCACAGCUGUAUUUCAAACUGUUAUGUUCAGCAGGUACCUGCAUACAAUCCUUUUCAAAUCCCUUGUUUUUCUUAACGCUAAGAAAAAUAACCUCUGUAGUUUAGAAUUUUUAACUGUGAAAAAUGAUUAGGCUGUUUAAAAUUGGUUGCGGUCUUCUUUUUGACUGGAAUGAAAGGUAAUGAUUGUGGAUCGCUUAAUUUGUAUCAUCAACUAUCAAACAAACAGUAUUGUCAUUUUGGAAGGCUGCUCAAAGGAUAGGAUUGGUCAACAGUGGACUGUGGGCAUGAGAGUAAAUGCACACUAAACAAAAUGUAGACAUUGGAUCACUGUUGUCUAAGGACGUGACGCAGUAAUGUCGAGGUUACAUAGUACACUGUAACAUAUCACUGAUUAAACAAGCUCCACCAAUGAAA